GAGAACAAGCCGUCCGCUGGGGUGGACUGUCCACGGUGGACUCCCGUGGACUCCACGAAGCACGUGACGAGUCCAAACAAAGGCGAUAAGAUUACAGCCUUUUACGGCGCAAGGUAGCCUCAAGACCCGGGACCGCGCCGUACACAAAUGCAACGAGCUCUAACAACGUGCCAGGGGCAUCGGUGGAGGCUCGCAAAGAAUGGUCGUGCAGGGAGGGAAGGUGGUUGUAGUCAGCAGGGUCAACAAACCAGCUGACCCUGACAAGCGAUUAAUGCCCACCAAGGACGACCGGACGGAGACGAACGCGACGGAGACGGCCCCAGCGCCGCUCGCGCGCAUGCCCAAUGCGCAUGAGCGCGGUGAAGACGACUCCGAUGCGCGCGUGCGCAAGCGACACAAGCCCGCCAGCGCAAACUCACCAGUAUCACGCGCAGACGCAUUCGGGUACGGCGAGGGCCAGCUCGCCGCAUACCGACACGGCAUGCCCAAGACCCAACUCAGCGAGCAGGACCGCGAUGAACAAGGGUCUGCCAGGCACGCUGCCAUCUACAUCGACCCCGCUCACUCGUAUGCUCGGGCACUUGGGCACCCACCUGCUUUCGCUCACCCGCUCACCCGCCCACUCAUCCACUCGGCCACCUGCCAGCCCACGCGACCGUGACAAACCGGCGAGGUCAAUGAACC